UUUUUCAAAAUGACUGUCCUCAAGUAAUCAUGCUUUUUUAAACUUAGCCUUAGCCUUUUUACUUUCAUUUUGAAAUAAUUGGUCGCUUUGUUAACCAUACAGACCCAUAUACAGUUGUGGGAAUAAGGUUUGUGAACCCUUUUGAAUUUCUGAAAUACCUGUGUGAAUGGCUCCUUAAAUAUAGCCCAUAAGUCCUAACAAUAGAUAACUGUGAUUUAACAUAUAAUACACAAAAAGUGUACUUAUACAUGUCUUAAUUGAACACAUUGGUCAAACAAAACAGUAUAGGUUGGAAAAACUAAACUGUAAUGUUUGGUAACUGGUUGAACCUAUUUCUGUGGUAGUAUCCUGAAGCAAGACUUUUCUAUAGUUGAUUAUUCCUGUACAACAGUUAUUAGGUAUUUUGGACCAUUCUUCGUUUUACAAAACUCUUUCAGCUCAUUGGUAUUCUUGAGACGUCUUACAUGAGCAGCUCGCUUCAGGUCGUGCUACAGCAUUUCAAUAGGUUUGAGGUCAGGACUUUGACUUGGCCAUUCCAAGAUGCAAAUUGUCUUCUCUAUAAACUAUUCUGUUAUGGAUUUGCCUUUGUUUACGUUUGUUGUCAUACUGCGUGACUCAGCUUAUUUUCUGCUUCGGGUGAUGGACUGUUACCUUGAUAUUCUCCUGUUUAAAUCUCCUAAUACACAUUUUAAUGUAUUACUCCCACAAUUAUUUGAUGCUUCACAAGGGAUGAGGUUUUAGUAUGCAGUUUUUUUCCCCUAAUGUAGCAUUUUGCCAAAAAGUGAAAUAUUUGUUUCAUCUGUUCAUAGAACACAUUUCUGGCAGUGCUAUGGAUCAUCCAGAUGUUUUUUUGGCACACUUGAGUCAAGCAGUGGUUUCUUUUGUGGUGUUCUUCCCUGGAUCUCGCUGUUUAGCUUCUCUCUAAUUGUGGAUUGACACUAAACAAUUGUCACAGAUUUUGUAACCUUUGGGUACUUUACUACUUUGACAGUUAUGCAGCAUGCUUGUGCUGUAGUGAUGGGAUGAUUGUAACGUGAACUCUGAUGCACUGUUCAUGCGCAUUGUAACUUAAUCCCAUUGUCAAUCCUCGUGCCUAUCUGUUGGGCCGUGAAGUCUUAACCAACAUGACUGGAAAGAACUUCUAUGUAAACAUUCAACGUGUGAUAUUUAUUCAUAUUUAUUUCUGACCAGCAGAUGUCACUACUGAAAAUCUUUUUUUUAUGCAAUGCCUCAAAGGUUGUCCAUCGCUACCAUGUUGUGAUCUUUGCUGGACUCCAGAUCCUAGAGAAGCAGCUGAACACAUUUUGCUUAAUUUCAACACUAUGUAUACAUCUUGACUAAACGGUGUCCAGGUCUUUGCUUAUGUGGCCUUAUGAGCCCCAACAACUUUUCUCCCGAGGUCUUCUGAAAUAUAUUUUAACUGGGCCAUAUUCCACUUGAACCAGACCUCUGACCCACACCUGAAUGUAAUCUCUAUAAUUGGAUCACCUUCUGCUACCUAUUUCACAUUAAGUCGUUAUUCUUUAGGUUUACAUAACUUCCCCAACAUAUGCUGUUCAUGUUUGACCACUCAAGACAUUUUUGGGUGCUCUUUGUUAAAUCAUACUGUGUUUCUCUAUUGUUUUGUCUAGGAUUAUAUUUUAGGAGACAUUUAUGCAGGUCAUUUAAAAAGGUUUCACAAACUCCAUCUUACAACUCUAUUCAUGGAGGUUCCUCAGCACUUUGGCAAUGAGAUGAAUAAAUCGUAUGGUGAUAUCUCCUCGAGGGGCUGAGGAAAUGAGGUGUUGAUGUCUUGCCCACCUCACUGGAGACUCAAACCUAAAUGGCGCAGCAUGACUUCACUCCAGCCUGGCUUAAUUUCCCCACAGCGCCGUCCUCAUCCAAGCCCUCUCAGAUCUAUGACAAGCCUUUCCAGUCUCCCGCCGAAUGCCUGGACAACCACAGGGAUGUAAGUCGCCGGCGCCGCCACAACUCAUCCGACGGCUCGGAAUCUGUCGGCGGAUGCGCUGGAGGAGGCUACUCCAGGAAUGAGAAGAACGGAUGGAGAGUCCGUAACGGCAGUGAAGGCUCGAGCUCACGCGCUCCGCUCCCCCAGCCUGGACCCCAGCCUUUCUCUAAGAGCAAAUGCCUGGGGAAGGUUCAGCAAGGCCACAGGGACAGACGCAAGAAGUUUGAAGCUGAGGACUUUCCCUCACUCAACCCAGACGCAGAACGUGAGAUCAACCAUAACAGAUCUGUUACCACUGGCGUAUGGGAACAUCCGCCAAACCCUCAGUCCCGGACCUCUAGAAUGACGGUGAUCAAACGUGUCUCCAGGGAGGAGCCCCCGACAACUCCGCCCUCCCCUGCCACGCCCCAACAGCAGCACGCCUCGUCCCACAACGGCGCUGGACCCUCCGUUUACAAGGGGCCCGUCCUCAAACCAGUCAGUCUUCCAGUCAAGGCCAGUCGAUCCAGCUCGUUGUCCCCGGUUGAUAAGGGCAGUCCGCCGCGGCUCAUGAUGCGUCUGACACGCAUGCGUUCAGACCGCAAGAGCCACUUCCUCAAAGCCCUGAAACGGGACGCGGUGGAUGAAGAGGACCUCCAUCACCAUUGCAAGGACGAAGAUGGUUUCCAUUUGCAGAACAGCAUCAUGGGCUGCCGGGAUGAAAACCUGAACCGCUAUGAGUGCACCGUCUCUCAGGAGAACAGUAACACGAACGCGUUGCUGCGCUCCUCCACCUUUCCCCAGCAGGAGGUGCUGUCCAGCUCUCUGGAGGCGGAGCACAGGCUGUUGAAAGAGAUGGGUUGGCAGGAGGAGAGCGAGAACGAUGACACGUGCGCUCCUCUGACGGAGGAUGAGAUGAGGGAGUUCCAGGCCAUCAGUGAACAGCUGCGGAAGAACGGCCUGAGGAGAAAUGGCCUCCCGAAGAACGGCCCCCCCGUGGACUCCCUGGCCGUGUGGAAGACCGGCCACCUUGGAAUGACCGCCGGCGCCGCGGAGGAGACGGAGACCAGCAGUAGUGACACCUCAGACGACGACGCCUGAAGCAGUCAUCGCGAAGGACCCUGGACCAUGACUCUACCGCCGCCACACUUCCUGUAAUCAGAGGAAUGUGGUCACCUCGGGGCCUCCAACCGAGUGGGCCCCCUCACAGACACCCUCCCACCAUUUCACAGAACUCCCUUCAACAAAUGGACAUGCUCCAAAUGGACUUGGGGGGGGGGGGGGGGGGG